AUGGCUCGUCUGGGUAUACUCAAGCGCCAUCGGGGCCCUUCAGAGGGCCCUGCCAUCGUUGAGGUCACAAGCAACCAGACGGGAGAGCUGUCUGAAGUAGAUAUCCCCGGCAUCGUUCCAUCCGACGAGGAGAAAAACAAAGUGCAGACUGAAACGGCUGCGAUUGAGCAACAGAGUCACAAUGAUCCUGAAAUCGCCGCACUGCCUCUGCAAGUACGCCAGAUUAUCAAUUUGACCGAUGAUCCCACUCUCCCCACGAUCACCUUUCGCUACUUUGUGCUCUCGGCGCUUUUUGUCAUUCCUGGUGCAUUCUUGUCUCAGAUGAGUCACUUCCGUACCACCAGUGCCCCUUACUCUGUGUUUUUCGUACAAAUUGCUUGUCAUUAUGUGGGACACUUUCUGGCCAAAAUACUCCCGGCCUGGACGGUCCGUUUGCCUGGUACCAGAUGGUCGUUCAGCCUGAAUCCUGGCCCGUGGAGCAUCAAAGAGCAUGUGCUCGUCACAGUUACAGCGGCAUCGGGGGCGACGUAUAAUUUGGCAUAUGCGCCGAUUGUGCUAGCAGAACUCUGGUAUGGAACAAGAAUCAAUCCGGCAGUCGCUAUUUUCUUCAUGCUAGCCAUCGUGUGGACGGGAUACUCCUUUGCUGCUCUUGCACGACAAAUUCUGCUGCCAGAUCCCGAGUACAUUUGGCCACAGGCCUUGAUGCAAACAACCUUGUUCGAGACCUUCCGCAAAACAGACACUGCGUCGCCCGUCGCCCGACGCCAAAUGAAAGUGUUUUUUCUUGCUUUCCUGGGGAUGACCCUGUGGCAGUUCCUCCCAGAAUAUGUAUUCCCAUUCCUCUCUUCCCUGGCUUUUCUCUGCUGGGUAGCUCCGCAUAACGCAGUGGCCAACUUCAUUGGGUCUGGACUUGGGGGUAUGGGGUUUUUGAAUUUGUCAUUGGACUGGUCUAACAUCAACUGGAAUGGGUCCUCAAUCAUGCUCACGCCGUUCUGGACACAGGUCAUUCUGUUCCUGGCAUAUGCUUUUAACUGCUGGGUUCUGAUCCCUGCAGCUAAAUGGGGCGACCUCGGUUCCUACAAACAUGGCCUUAUGUCGAACAGUCUCCUGAUGGCUAACGGCACGACCUACCCAACACUCAAAGUGCUGACCCCCGAGUAUCACCUAAACGAGACAGCCUAUCAACAGUAUGGCCCUAUGUAUAUGGGACUACAGAAUGUGUGGGCGACCUGGUUUGACUAUGCCAAGUUGCCAGCGGCAAUCACCUGGAUUGCGACUUUUGGCUAUGUCCAAAUAAGAAACAAUCUUAAAAAGAUUCUCGGGGCUCGCAAGGCUGCUAGAUCAUCACCGGGAGAAGGCAUUCAUCAUCAAUACCAUGACCGCCUCAAUGUGAUUCAGAGACAAUAUAAAGAGAUACCACUGUGGUGGUACCUCUCCCUGUUCCUAACAGCACUGGUCAUUUUGGUAACCAUUAUCGCAUGUGGAAACCUGUUCAUCCCAAUCUGGACCCUGUUUGUCGGGCUUGCAAGCGCUGCUGUCUUCGUCAUUCCUUUUGCUUGGUUGUACGCCAUUUCCAACUACCAACUUGAGACUGGGUCGUUUAAUGAGCUAAUGUACGGGUACAUGGUGCAUACUAAAGCUGGCUCCGGCCACCAGCACCCAUGUGGCCCUUCGGUCUACGGCUCCAUCGCUGGUGACGCAUGGUAUCGUGCGCAGUAUAUGUUACAAGACCAGAAGAUCGGGCACUACAUGCACAUACCCCCGCGUGAGAUUUUCUUCUCCCAGAUUUUUGGCACCCUAAUGGGCAUUCCCAUAAAUUAUGCUGUCAUUCGCUGGGUGAUGGAUACCAAAGGAGACUACUUGACUGGAGUGAAAACAGAUCCGCUCAAUCAAUGGACUGGCCAAUCAUUGCGCACAUCGAACACUAUGGGUGUGCAAUAUGCCGUUCUCGGUCCCAAGAGACUCUUCGCGGAAGCCGAGAUGACGCCCCUGCCAUGGUCCUUCCUAGUCGGUGCAGUGAUCCCACCGAUCUUAUUCAUAUUCCAUCGAUUCUUCCCCAGGUUGCGAAUUGACCUUUGGAAUGUCAGUAUUUUCUUUGGCGGCCUUGCUAUGUUCUACGGCAACCUUAGUACUGGCUACACAUCCGCUAUCAUCGGUGGUUAUGUUGUGAUGUACUGGGCAUAUCGGCGCCAUUUCGAAGUAUGGAAGCGGUACAACUAUUUGAUUGCUGCAGCGUUUGAUGCGGGGUUUAACCUCAAUAUGUUGCUUAUCUUCUUCUUUUUCGGAGCAGGCAAGCAGAUCUCGAUGCCAAAAUGGUGGGGGAAUAAUGGUGAGUCGGUAGAGCGAUGCUUUGCUUUGACAUAG